CCCCCUUGCUGCUGCUGCUGCUGCUGUGGGGAGUUCUGAGCUGGGUGCUGGGGCCGGGCCGGCGCCAGGCACAGACACUUCGGCCCUUGUUGGGAGAACAGAGAGAGGCUCUCUUGUCCACGGCCUGUCCUCUGGCUCCAACUGUCGGUUCUUCCAGUGGCCUCUCCUCAGGCUGCACAGAGCCCACCUGAUCGCUGCCAUAGAAUGGACUCUAGCCGGGCUGGGAUGCCCAGUCCUCCGCCCUCAAGGGCCAAUGGGAACAUCAACCUGGGACCUUCAGCCAACCCAAACGCCCGGCCCACCGACUUUGACUUCCUGAAAGUCAUUGGCAAAGGGAGCUAUGGGAAGGUCCUGCUGGCCAAGCACAAGUCUGAUGGGAUGUUCUACGCAGUGAAGGUGCUGCAGAAAAAGUCCAUCUUGAAGAAGAAAGAGCAGAGCCACAUCAUGGCGGAGCGCAGUGUGCUGCUGAAGAACGUACGACACCCCUUCCUUGUGGGCCUGCGCUACUCCUUCCAGACGUCUGAGAAGCUCUACUUCGUGCUGGACUAUGUCAACGGGGGAGAGCUCUUCUUCCACCUGCAGCGGGAACGCCGGUUCCUGGAGCCCCGGGCCCGGUUCUACGCCGCCGAGGUGGCCAGUGCCAUUGGCUACCUGCACUCCCUCAACGUCAUUUACAGGGAUCUGAAACCAGAGAACAUUCUCUUGGACUGCCAGGGACAUGUGGUGCUGACGGAUUUUGGCCUCUGCAAGGAAGGGGUAGAGCCUGAGGAGACCACGUCCACAUUCUGUGGCACCCCUGAGUACUUGGCUCCAGAAGUUCUUCGUAAAGAGCCUUAUGAUCGGGCAGUGGACUGGUGGUGCUUGGGGGCCGUUCUUUACGAGAUGCUGCAAGGCCUGCCACCAUUCUACAGCCAAGACAUGUCCCAGAUGUAUGAGAACAUUCUGCACCAGCCGCUGCAGAUCCCUGGGGGCCAGACUGUGGCUGCCUGCGACCUCCUGCAAGGCCUUCUCCACAAGGACCAGAGGCAGCGGCUGGGCUCCAAAUCAGACUUUCUUGAGAUAAAGAAUCAUGUAUUCUUCAGCCCCAUAAACUGGGAUGACUUGUAUCACAAGAGGCUGACUCCACCCUUCAACCCAAAUGUGGCAGGACCUGCUGACUUGAAACACUUUGACCCCGAGUUCACCCAGGAAGCUGUUUCAAAGUCCAUUGGCUGCACUCCUGACACUGUGGCCAGUAGUUCUGGGGCCUCCAGUGCCUUCCUGGGAUUUUCCUAUGCACCAGAGGAUGAGGCCAUCCUGGACUACUAGAAGAGAACCGUUCCUAGCACUGGUGUAACCACUGAAGACAGCUGCUUCUUGCCCCAGAAAUAACAGGGGAUGGUGCUGGAAAAUACACCAAUGACACUAACACUGACCUACUGAAAUUCCAAGCUGUAUCAGGAAGAGUUACUGUUACCCUAUGACAUGUGCUGAGAACUUUGAAAGAAACGCUCUGAUUUGGUUUCCAUCAUAAUAGCCACGGUUAAUUGACAAAUGUGGAACAUGAUGGAGAGGCCCAUUCCCCCAACUUCCCAAAGCAAAAAAGCAAGAGUGUAAUCGCCAGUUACGUGAUAGUACUGUCAAAAGUACACAACAUCCCAUUAUGGGUUGUGAAACACAUAAUGCUUCCAUGUGGUCUAAGAUUGUAAAAUCACAAAAUUUUCACCAGGAUAGAAAAUAAAAAUGGAGAACUAUGA